AUGGGUCGCGUGGAAGUGGCUGCUAAUGCCAAGACUACCAUCUCACUGCCUCAGCCCGUGCCCUCGCAUAGAGAUAUGAUGAGAGGCAAUGUGACCGUCAAAGAGCCAUGUGUGCUUUUGGAGAACCCAUCGGGCGAUCACUUUGUGGAAGAGCUCAGGCAUAUGGUCAUGGGUAACCACGUCUUAAGUGAGAGUCAGAAGCUUCCUGGUCAAUACCUCGCAAUCGAUUGUGAAAUGGUCGGCGUCGGACCCCAAGGCUCCGAGUCUGCCCUCGCCCGAGUAUCCAUCGUCAACUACCACGGCCACAUCAUCCUGGACACUUUCGUCCAGCCCCGCGAACCGGUGACCGACUAUCGUACUUGGAUAUCAGGCGUGAGGGCGCAGGAUCUGAUCACUGGGAGGGACUUCGCAGAUGUUGGGAAGGAGGUGGCGGAGCUGCUGGAGGGGAAGGUAUUGGUGGGGCAUGCUAUUGAGAAUGAUCUGAAGGCUCUGAUGCUCGCACACCCUGGACCGUUGACCCGCGAUACGCAGGCGUACAAGGGUCUUCGUGAAAAGCUCAACAACAAACGCCCGGGUUUGGCCAAAGCCUCCCAGCAACUGCUUGGUAUCCAGAUCCAGACUGGUGCCCACUCUUCUGUCAUCGAUGCUAGAGUGACAAUGGCUAUCUACCGGCUGUUCAAGAAGGAAUGGGAAAAGUCCGUCUGGCACCUCACCGAGGCUUACCGCAACAAACACAAGGGCGCUCAACCGGAGGCCGCCCCCGCCGAGGAGGAAGGCUCGGCCGAAGAAAAUUCCACCUCUGCCCCCGAACUCUUCCCCUCCUCUUCUUCUCACACCAACCCCAAGACAAAUGGCCAGAGGACAGGCAAGAAGAAGUCGAAGCAGCAGGAGUUUCCGGGCGGAGGGCGAAAGGGAAUCAGUAGUGGUCUGAGCGUCAUUGUAAGGCGAGGAGGUAAGAGGGUGGGCGGAACGGGGCGCGGAGAUGGCAGUCGACGUAUGGACAGGGAUAGAGGUGCGGAGGCGGGGCGUACCAGCUCUGGUGGGAGGGGAGGCAAUUGGUGGGAGUCUGCUUGA